GUAAAAACCGAGCGUCCGUCCGUCCGUCCGUCUGUCCGAGCGAGCGCAACUUUUUUUGUUUUCAUUUUUGACUUUUAUACGCGCACCGACUGUCGGAAGGGGGACCAACACGUGCUACUAUCUGCUUGGGCAUUUCUUCGGUGAUCAAAAUUUUCAUCGACUGUAUCUAAAGGUAUUACACACACGUAUCUAGGAUUGGACAAAGAUUUGAGCGACGCUUCCGCCGCCAGCCGCACUCAGAGGCUCUUUUUUUGUAUAAGCUCGCGCGAUGAAGCAUCUACUUGUCCACGUCUGCCUGUUACUGGUGCUCGACUCCGCAUCGUCGGCGCGUCUCAGAUCCAACGGCAACGGCAACCCCUCGAGUCGCAAACCGCCACCGGCGGCCUACCCGAGCUACGAGUGCGUCCAAGGCCUCAGAUGCGAACGAGUGACUCGGCCCCUGCAGAGCAGCUGCUCGCAGCAGCGAUCACUCGCUGAUUCUACCUCGUCCAACAGCCAGCCACAGCAGCAGCAGCAGCACCGCGUCCACGCGAGUCUUCAGGCAUGCCGACUCGUCUGCGGAAAGACGGCCGGUCUCUGGCCCCUGCCCACUGGUCGGCUCGUCCUUGGCAGUAACUACGUUGCCUUUCACCCGCGCAAUCUGCAAUUCAUCGUCGUGAACGACCAAAUGUCCCCCGAAGCCCGUGACUUCGUGUCCGUAGCCGUCGACACGUUCCUCGACAACAUCCGCGCCUACUGCAAAGCCGGUGGGAAGAAUCGCGAGUGUCGCUUUCCCCCGGGACCCGAACGAUCGAUCCGCGUCCACGUCAAGGUCGAGUCGUCGGCCAUGCGGCUCGACUGGCGGACCAACGAGAGCUACGAGCUCGAGAUCGACAACAAGGGCGGCGGCGGCAGCUCCGACGAUCUUGUCUCGGUGCUCGUGACGGCGCAGACCGUCUACGGGGCCAGACACGCGCUGGAGACGCUGUCGCAGUUGGUGGCCGCGAGGCCGGCCACGAAUUGCGAGGACGAUGGCGGCGACGACUCGACGUCGAGCCUUGGUAGCCGCCACCGCGAGCUGGUGAUGCUCGACGAGGCCAACGUCAAGGACAAGCCCGUUUUCGCUCACAGGGGAUUGCUGGUGGACACGGGUCGAAAUUUUCUGCCCCUGGAGAGUCUGCUGAGGACCGUGGACGCCCUGGCGGCCAACAAAAUGAACGUGCUGCACUGGCACGCGACCGACAGUCAGAGCUUCCCGCUGGAGCUCAAGAGCGUGCCCCUCAUGUCUUUAUGGGGAGCCUACGACGCCGACAAGAUCUACAGCCGCCGCGACAUGGAGUCCGUCGUGACGUACGCCCGAUCUCGGGGGGUCCGCGUCAUCCUCGAGAUCGACUCUCCCUCCCACGCUGGGGCCGGCUGGCAGUGGGGCCCCAGUCAGGGCCUCGGCAACUUGGCCGUCUGCGUCGAUCAGCAGCCCUGGCGCGACUACUGCAUACAGCCGCCCUGCGGCCAGCUCAACCCGGUGAAUCCCAAUACCUACUCGGUGCUGCGCAGCAUCUACAGGGAGCUGCUGGGCGUGUUCGGUCGCGGCGGUCUGGCGCAUCUGGGCGGCGACGAGCUGUUCGUCAAGUGCUGGAACUCGACCGCGGAGGUGGUCCAGGGCAUGGCUCGCAUGGGCCUGGGUCGCGAGCCCGCGGACUUUCUCAAGAUCUGGUCGGAGGUGCACAAGCGCCAACUGGAAAUGCUGAACGAGGACACGAAGGAGGACGAGGACGACAGCGUCAUCCUCUGGAGCUCUCAGCUCACCCAGCCCGAGACGAUCGAGCGCUACCUGGACAAGCGGCGAUUCGUCGUACAGACCUGGGUCGAGGCCGGCAAGGAUCUGAACGAGCGGCUGCUCGAGCUCGGCUAUCGGCUCGUGAUCUCGACGAAGGACGCCUGGUACCUCGACCACGGCUUCUGGGGCGUGACCAAGUAUCACUCGUGGCGCGACGCCUAUCGCAAUCGCAUACCGCAGAAACCCGGUGUCCUGGGCGGCGAGGCCUGCAUGUGGGGCGAGUACGUGAACGAGGGCAAUCUGCUGGCGAGGGUCUGGCCGAGGGCCGCAGCCGUGGCGGAGAGGCUGUGGGCCGACCCGGACAAGCUGGGCCCGAGCCAGGCCACCGCCGAGGCCGAGCCGAGGCUGCAGGCGCAGAUCGCCAGGCUCAACAGCCGCGGGGUGCAGUCGGAGUCGCUGGCCCCGGAGUGGUGCAAUCAGCACGAGACGCAGUGCUACUGACGAUCGCGAGAUAGCAGAGAGAGAGAGAAAGACACAUUCCUUUUGUACAUAAUUUUCCUUAGGAUAUAGACGAAGUAGCUCGUAAGUUUAUAUUAUA